AUGAGUAGCUUGAAUAAAGAAUAAAUUUUUAAAAAAAUAAUUUAAAAUAGAUUAUACAGAGAAUAAAUACUCGCUGAAGAACAUCCAAAUUUUGAAUAAAUUAUUAAAUAAAUAUAAAAAGAACAUCUAUAAAAGUAAAAAAUGGAUAGAUAAAACGAUGAUAAGGAUAGCUAAAGAGCUUCUGCCAACUAGUCAAAUUAGAGUUUGUAACACUAGGACGACCCUGCUUAAUAAUUCUUGAAAUCUUUUCUAGAACAAUAUGGUUCUCUUACUGCUCAAGAAAGGUUUUAGAUUUCUCCUAUAAUCUAAAAUCACAUUUCAUCCGAUAUUAAUAAAUUAGCUUAGAUAGACUCUCUUGAAAUCUAGAGACCGAAUAAAGCUGAUAAUUUUGCUUAAAAUUCUCAAAUACCUAACGUAUCCUUAAAUGAUGCUUAAGCUACUAUUAAUAUAAGUAGUUCUGCAUAGAAUCAAUCUUAAGUCUCCUUUUUUCUUUAACAUCUUGAAGGAUAGGUAGAUCCAAACAUUUAUUAGAAACAGUAAAAUUCAAGUUAAGAGGCCACUGUUGAAAAAUAGAACUUAAAUCUAGAGGGAAGCAGUGGAGAAUCCAUUUUUAAAUUAAACUAAAGCAAUCAACAUCCUUAACUGAACAUAACUGUGGAGUAAAUACCUCAUGGAAACUAUAGCGGCAAUUCAUCCUCGAAUACAAUAAAGUCACCUUUAGAAAAUAUGGCGACAAAUAAAAGUCAUUCUGAUACGCCAGUAGAAGAAGUAUAAGAAGAAGAAAAGAAGUAGGACGUUGGUUAAUCUAAAAAUAAUUAAACAUAAUACUAAUGA